UCUUGUCAAUCUGUAUUUUGACACCAACAAAAAAGAUAAAGCUCCGGAUAUUGUCCUGACAUUGCUUCACUAAAUUGUUACUACGAUGAAAAAAAUGAAGGAGGUUUUCGCGUUUCUGCUUUUAAUUUUAUCGAAAUUUGCUUUCGGUGAUGUGUUUUUCAACGUGGUGAAUCGCGAAGAUCCGUGCGUUAGCCUAUGCGAAAAAGUACCCUCGACGGACACAAAUGAUUCUUCUACUACUCAGAGCAAAUACGUCAAAUCGUGUUGUCAGAGGGGAUGUAGAUUUUUUAAUUUAGUCGAUCUCAGCCGAGGACUUGCUACUGAUGGUGUAAACGGCACGAGAGAUGCUUGCGAUGCUUCUUGUACAGAAGCCUACGCAGCGGCCCAGGAUCAGAAUGCCUGCAGAACAGGCUGUUCUGUUAUGGCAAAGCAACGGGUUUCCGAUCUCCUCUCACUCUUCUCCGUGGCUAUAUACGUCGAAGAAAAUGUUGGUAUCGAUUCGAAUGUUCUACAGAUGUUUCCCGAGAUUCCGGAAAACGAUAUUCUAACGGAUCCCGGUCUCAGGAAAGAACUUCUUCCCGGAUGGUGGGACUCUGAAGGCUUCAAACUGCCCCAGACUUAUGUGAAAACGGUGCCGAUGGACUCUGGGACAGUAGAUUAUGGGAUUCCAUCCGAUUAUUCCGGAGAGACUGAACAAACCUCCUCGGUUCCUGGAUCCGAUUGGCUUCAAUGUGCAUCUCGUCACACAGGAAUUCCUCGCUGGCUCCUGGGCUCAGCAAUUGUAGGAGCUGCUCUCUCGAUUCUCUGGCUUUGCUUAUUCCCCAAGGAACCCAGUGAAUUCGAUAUCAGUGUCAAGGAAACCAACACCGAAAAACAAAACCAACCGAGCAAAAUGAUGGUCUACAUCCCAGACGAAGCUCCUCUCUACAAAACUCCACCUCCAAAGUACAGCGACGUCAGCGACUUGAAGGUUUAAAAUUCAAACCAUGUUUUUUUUCUAUUCAGUUACAAUUUUUUAAAUCAUUUUAUAUGAAAGAAGCUUUAUAAAUUGCCAUUUAGUCUUUUUUCUAAACAAACUUAUUUUUGAAUGAUAUUUCUUCUUAUGUAUUAAUCUCAAAAUCGUUUAAAAAUAUUGAUUCAACCAAAUUUUCAACGAGUCAAUGUAGAAUCAGAAACGUUCAGAUAAACUUUUAAUUUUUUUUAAUUGUUUUUUUUUUGUAGAGAGCAAAGAAACUUUAAUAAUAAAAGGUGUUAGACUCCGCGUUAUUGCCCAUAUUCUCUACAUGUAUGUGCGUAUUUUAAGAAAUUUAAAGCUUUCUUAAUUGCUUGUAUAAGAAAUUAUAUAAUAAUAUAUACCGUUUGAAAAAAAA